AUGUCAAGCAACGGAAUAGGUCUACAAACAGCAAGGGGUUCAGGCACGACUGGGCACAUACAGAAGAACGUCGCCUCUAAUCAGGACCAUACUGAUAAUGCAAGUGAUAAAUCUGGGUACUUUAAGAGGCGACAAUUGUCAAGGGAUCGUAAGCUUAAAUACGAGAAACAUGUAUCUACCAGUAAUAAUCGAGAUGAGGCAAAACAAGAAAUAAGAAGUCAUGACUUGAAAAGAGAUGUCGAAGUCAAGUGCAUGGAGUUGAGAGAUGCCUUAGAAGAUGCAAGUGAGGAAGAGACUGAGAUAGAGAAGAAAGUGAAAGAGCUAAGAGACAAAUUACUAACUGCUCCCAUGACUUCCAGAAAACUAGAUCAUAAUAAGAACAGCUCUUCACAUACAAGUUACGAAGAAAAUUCCAAACUUAGUAAUCUUAACGAUGAAUACGAAAGUUCAAAAAAUGGCACAGAGGUUAGUGGUAUUAGCUAUAAACGUAGGUACACAGAUUGCGAUGAGAAGGGAAAAAGAUUGAAAAUACGAAGAUAA